AUGUCUUCAGGUUGCAUGGAAUCCCUGACUAUCAGGUCCUUGUCCCCUCACUCACCUACCUCGCGCUCCCACGCCGCGUCUCUCACUCACUCCACGAGGAGGCCGUGUCAGAGCACGACCCCACAGGCAGAGCAGUCGGUUCAAUCACUCACGCCAACCACUCACGUUCAUGCGAACAGCAGCCCUGUUCGCACGAACGCCACUUACCUGAUACAGAAGGAAGAACUUCAUACAUACGAACGCCACCUCUGUUCAUGUGAACGCUACUCACCUAUACUGCAGACAAAACUCCGUUUGUGCGGACACCGGCUCCCAAACACAGCAAGAACAGAAGUCUGUUCGUGA